AUGCCUUCAACCAACAAGAGUAGACGCCAUGUGGUCAUCGUCGGCGGCGGCGCUGCAGGAAUGUCGUGCGCUGCUACUCUUGCGAACCAUCCGGAGAAGUUCAAGGUCACGCUGGUAGAGAGGGCGAAUGUCGUCGGUGGCCAGGCCACGUCCAUACCAUUAGACCCCCAAAAGUACGGUGCCUCAUGGAUGAACAAUGGCGUUCAGGGAGGUUCAAAGAUAUUCAAGCAUACGUUCAACUUCUUCGAAAAGUACCAUCAUCCGCCUGAAGAGAUCCAGCUACAGGUUUCAUUUGGCAAGGGCGAGGAUGGAUUCUGGACCAACGUGUUCCCAAGCAACUUGGUAUCCAAAUAUGCCAAGGAUAUCAAGCGCUUUGGCUUCUUCCUCAAAGUCGUCAAAUGGGCUAUGCCGGUUCUGGGCCUGAUCCCCAUCAGCAUCAUGCUUCGGCUGUUUCUAUUCAGCAAGGAUUUCGGCGACAAGAUGGUCUACCCUCUGAUUGCCCUGUUUUUGGGCACCGGUAAUCAGACGGCCCAUGUCCCCUCGGCAAUUGUCGAGAGGCUAUUUGACGAUCCUAACAUGAAGCUCUGGGACUAUGAUCCUCAAACGCUACUACCCAAUUUACCCACCAUGGUAACGUUCGACCACUUACAUGAAUUCUACCGCAAGUGGCGCGAGGAUCUAGAAGCGAGAGGUGUGUCCAUCAGGACCGAGACAGAAGUCAGAACCGUCUUAUCCAGGUCCAAGCACGGCGUCAAGCUUCGACUCCGAAGCGCCGCUACAGGUGAGACAACAGUCGAAGAUUUCGACGAGAUUGUGUUCUGCACGCUCGCGGACGAUGCCCUCAGCAUCCUCGGAGAUUCAGCAACCUGGCGGGAGAAGUUCGUCCUUGGGGGUGCAGCCUUUUACGACGACAUCACCGUCACGCACAGCGACACCAAGUACUUUGAGCGCCAUUACGAGACCCAAUUCAAGUCGAAUCUUUGCGCCGAACCCAAGUCCGACGAACAAAAGAAACAGAUAUCGUUCGCAAAGGGCGAGGACUCCCAGAAUGGCUUCUCGCCAAUGUACUUUACCUACACAUACCCCUCCGACCCGCGCCUCAUCGAGAUGUCCUUCAACUGCAGCAACUACCAGCACCAGCUGAGGAAGCCAAACGCCAAGGCGGACGAGGAGUACCAGCCAGUCUACCAGACCAUCUUCCUGAACAAGAAACAGAAGCAUCUCUGGACCAUCGACGAAAUCGAUGACGCCAAGAUCAUCAAGAAGAACUGGUGGCACCAGCUCGGCCAUCGCUGGCAGCACUACCUUCGCGUGGUCCCGGGCAUGAUGUUCCUCCACGGGCGGAAUAGCACGUAUUUCGCCGGAUCGUGGACUCUAAACAUGCAUGAGCUGGCCUGUGUCAGCGGGAUUGCCGCGGCAUACCAUCUUGGGGCGGACUAUGUCAAGUUUGAUGAGUUUGCGGAGAACUUCUUUGCAAAAUACCUCUUACUCUCUCAUGGCAUGGUGUACUCUCGGCAGGAAAAGAAGAGGGCCAAACGAAGUACAUAG